UCAGAGAGAAAGACGCAGACUCGACGCAGAGAUUGAGAGAGAGAAACUCACAGUGGUCUCGAAGCUCAAUCUAUAGCAGUCCUGCCAGCGUAGCCAUGAUCCAUCUGAAGCAGCCUCUGGUGCUCUCGGCGCAGAGCGGCAAUGUUACCUCGCCUCUUUUCGCCGCCGCGGCGAGCAGCCAGCAGAGGCGAGCCCCCAGAGCCGGCGGCCGUCCGGUCAGGACGCGCAGGAUUAGCUGUGCGUCGACCGAGGAGGCCGUGGGCGUCUCCACGUCCGUGACGACCAAGGAGAGGAACCUUACGGUGACGGCCAUUGUGACCGCGCAGGCGGCACCGGCCUCCAUGUACAUCUCCCGCGGCCUCGACGACAUCCAGGACCUCUUCGGCAAGACGCUGCUCCUGGAGCUCGUAAGCUCCGAGCUCGACCCCAAGACGGGAAGUGAGAGGGAGAAAGUGAAGGCAUUCGCGCACAUGACGCUGACACAAGGGACGUACGAGGCAAAGAUCUCGGUGCCGGCGUCAUUCGGGCCGGUGGGCGCGGUGCUGGUGGAGAACGAGCACCACAGGGAGAUGUUCCUCAAGGACAUCAAGCUCAUCACCGGCGGCGACGAGAGCACCGCCACCACCUUCCACAUCGACUCCUGGGUGCACUCCAAGUUCGACAACCCCGAACCGCGCGUCUUCUUCUCCGUCAGGUCGUACCUGCCGUCUCAGACGCCGCCGGGAAUCGAGGCGCUGAGGAAGAAGGAGCUGGAGACGCUGCGCGGGGACGGGCAAGGCGAGCGCAAGUUUCACGACCGCGUCUACGACUACGACACCUACAACGACCUCGGCGACCCUGACACGAACAUCCAGCACAGACGCCCCGUGCUCGGCAGCAAGGAGUACCCCUACCCUCGCCGGUGCCGCACCGGUCGCCCCAUGACCACCAUCGACCCAAAGACGGAGAAGAGGAGCUCGACGGUGUACGUGCCGCGUGACGAGCAGUUCUCGGGCAUUAAAGGGCUGACAUUCAGCGCGACGACGUUGCGGACGGGAUUGCAUGCCAUCCUGCCGGCGCUAGCUCCGCUGAUAAAAAAGUCAGAGAACUUCCCGCACUUCCCGUCCAUCGACGACCUCUACAGCGAUGGCAUCCCGCUCCCCGCCGACGCCGGCGCCUCCUUGCACAUCAUCAGAGACGUCAUCCCCCGAGUCGUCCAGAUGAUCGAGAACACCACCGAGCACGUCCUCCGCUUCGAGGUUCCCCACAUGGUCGAGAGGGACAGGUUCUCGUGGUUCAGAGACGAGGAGUUCGCGAGGCAGACGCUCGCGGGGCUCAACCCUAUCUGCAUCCGCCUUCUCACGGAAUUCCCCAUCGUGAGCAAGCUCGACCCUGCGGUGUACGGCCCGCCGGAGUCGGCGCUGACCAGGGAGCUCCUCGAGAAGAUGAUGAACGGUCUCAUGACGGUGGACGAGGCGCUGGAGAGUAAGCGGCUGUUCAUGCUGGACUACCACGACGUGUUCCUUCCGUACGUUCACAAGGUGCGCGAGCUGCCGGACAGGACGCUGUACGGGUCCCGCACCGUCUUCUUCCUCGGCGACGAGGGAACGCUGAUGCCGCUGGCCAUCGAGCUGACACGGCCGCAGUCGCCGACCAAGCCGCAGUGGAAGCGCGCCUUCACGAGCGGGAACGACGCCACCCAGUCGUGGCUGUGGAAGCUGGCCAAGGCGCACGUGCUCACCCACGACACCGGCUACCACCAGCUCGUCAGCCACUGGCUGCGCACGCACGCCUGCGUCGAGCCCUACAUCAUCGCCACCAACCGGCAGCUCAGCCGGAUGCACCCGGUGUACCGUCUCCUGCACCCGCAUUUCCGCUACACCAUGGAGAUCAACGCGCUAGCCAGAGAAAGCCUCAUCAACGCGGACGGCAUCAUCGAGGACGCAUUCUGGCCGGGGAAGUACUCUGUCGAGCUCAGCUCCGUCGCCUACGGCGCGACCUGGCAGUUCAAUACGGAGGCGCUGCCGGAGGACCUCGUCAGCCGGGGACUCGCCAUGCGCCGGGAGGACGGUGAGCUUGAGCUCACCAUCAAGGACUACCCGUACGCCAAUGACGGGCUCCAGAUCUGGGACUGUAUCAAGCAGUGGGCGACCGAUUACGUAAAUAUCUACUAUAAGUCCGAUGAGGACAUCAUUGGCGACCAGGAGCUUCAGGCAUGGUGGGAGGAGGUGCGUACCAAGGGGCACGCGGACAAGAAGGACGAGCCGUGGUGGCCGGUGUGCGACUCUAAGGACAACCUCGUCCAGAUUCUGAACACCAUCAUGUGGGUCACAUCCGGCCACCACGCCGCCGUCAAUUUUGGGCAAUACCAUUAUGCUGGGUACUUCCCCAACCGCCCCACUGUGGUGCGGACGAACAUCCCGGUGGAGGAGAGCCGGGAAGACGAGAUGAAGAAGUUCUUGGCCAGGCCGGAGGAGGUUCUGCUGCAUAGCUUCCCAUCCCAAAUGCAGGCCAUCAAGGUGAUGGCGACGCUGGACAUUCUCUCCUCACACUCGCCCGACGAGGAGUACAUGGGAGAGUACGGCGAGCCAGCGUGGAUGGCCGAGCCCAUGGUGAAGGCCGCAUUUGAGAAGUUCAGCGGCAGGCUCAAGGAAGUGGAGGGAUCCAUCGACGAGCAAAACAACAACCCAGAGAACAAGAACAGGUGCGGCGCUGGCAUCGUGCCAUACGAGCUGCUCAAACCAUUCUCAGAGCCAGGGGUCACUGGGAUGGGCAUCCCUUACAGCAUCUCCAUCUGAUUCUGUACGUGACACAGGCAGGGAAGGGUAUGUACUAGUGUGUUUCGGCUAUUAGAAUACCGUGAGUUGAUUCUAAUACUAUUGCAACGAGAAACUCGUACUAAUUAUAGCA